GAUAGUUCAAACUUCAAGCGCUUUAUAAACCCUAAUUCGAGUAGCGCCCAAAGCUCCCUCUUUCCCUCCAAUGGCGUCCCCCUCCAUCCGAUCCAUGACCCGAGCUUCUAUCUCCCCUCUCAGAGCCUUCAUCUCCAAGACCAUGUCGCCGGCGCCGGCUGCGCGGCCAUCCUCCAUCCUCUCUCCGACGAACCGACGGUCGCAUCUGCUAUCCAGGUCUCCGGUGGAGCUGGGGUGCUGUAGUGGCUCCAUGAUUCCGUUGCACAGCGCUGUGGCUGCGGCGAGGCUGACUUCCCGGCUGAGCACGGCGUCCCGGGGCUGCCGAGAUCUCUUACAGGAUGAUGGUACGUGACUAUUUUUUGCUUCGUCAGUUUGAUACUCUCAAAGAGAUGGGUCUAUCAGUGCCAAGGUGACAAAUGAUGUCAACACUUUUGCUUUUGGCUUGGAGAAUUUAAUUAGUCAACUAAUGUUGCUGCCUUGUAAGACACUUUUUCCCCAGAUACAUUUUGAUCCUUCACAAUGUCUUAGUUUUGAUUCUUCUACUCUUGUUGGGCAUAAUCCCAAGUGUUUAAAAGGAAAGGAAAAAACAUUCUUAUAACGGUGCUGCCAACAUACCCUCAGUGUACUGCAAUUCUAUUAAUAAUUCUUCAUACUGUUUACUUGAUUCUUCUUGUUUGUAAGAGUCUAAGACAAUGUUGGAUUCUUAGUUUCUUAUAUCCAUAAAAGUAAUUCGGCUCA